AUGAAGUCCGCUAUUGUAUUUUUCAUCGCUCUUCUAGCCAUAGCUCUGGCCAGGCCCCAUUCCAGCGACAGUUCAGGAUCCGACGAGCGUCCACACACGAGAAAGCCUCAUCACAAGCAUCAUCAUGGCCAUCAUCAUCGGCACACCCGCCCUCCUCCACCAACAGUGGCUCCCGUAACCACCGAAGAGAGCCCCACUUUUGUCCCUGUUACCACCGACGAAAACCCUACAUUCGCUCCCAUCACUACCGAGGAGAGUCCAACAGUCGUUCCUGUUACCACUGAGGAAAAUUCCACAUUUGUUCCUGUUACCACCGAAGGAAAAUCCAUCCCCUCGGAUGCUCCUUUGGAUCCCACCGAAAUCGGCCCGAUCGUCACAGACGGUGAAGUCACCGUUGAAUUACCUGGGUCAACGCCAGCUAUCCCUGAGCGAACCGUCGAAACUGCAUCUACUACCUUGUAA